UGAAACCCUAUAUAACUGAGCGUUCAGUGAAUGCGAGCUUUAAUUGCAUUCAAAGUCGCGUUGAAUUCGUUUCAAACGGUUUUCAAUAGAUUUGUUUCGCAAAUACUAACGACUUCUUCAUUCAUUCCAUUCAAUCGAUUACUACUUCUUGAGACCACAGAAGACAUCAUCGAAAGCAAUGCCGGAACAGACGGACGCCGAGACCUUUGCCUUCCAGGCAGAGAUCGCUCAACUCAUGAGUUUGAUUAUCAAUACCUUCUACUCGAACAAAGAGAUCUUCUUAAGAGAACUCAUCUCCAACUCCUCCGAUGCGUUGGAUAAGAUCCGAUACGAGUCACUGACCGAUGGCUCGAAACUGGACGCACAGAAGGAACUGUUCAUCAAAAUAAUUCCCAACAAAGACGAGAAAACACUGACAAUAGUGGACACCGGUAUCGGUAUGACUAAAGCGGAUCUGAUCAACAACUUGGGAACGAUCGCGAAAUAA